GUGCUCAAUCCAAGCUGCAACACCACAGGGCUGAGCUGUCAACAUCGGGGAAGUUGGAGGAGGAUGCUCCGAGUAUCGCCGUCCUUUGCAUGCUGGUCUCAUUGAAAAUGAUGGGUUAUGUAUCGAGCAAGUAGCCGGCGAGAUCAAGCAGUACAAUGGGCUCAACGCAACGCCAGGGGCACGGACCUAAGCCUUGUGAAAACGCAGCGGGGAGGGGCAGCGAGAGUGGCGUUAUGGCUUUCACGGGGUCGACAUGUUAGGGAACACCGAGCGAGACUACGACAAUUCAACACAGUGCACACAGUCGGAGGUGGUUGCAACGACCUCUGCGCUUCUUUUGGCACCGGUCUUGAGCAAUUUGAUGCUGGGAACGUUGAGAUCCAGGACUGCGAGCGUAUUCAGUGCGAGACUGUUCACGGAAAACAGGGGUGCGCCACAACACCACGAGCCAAUUCCUCAUGCGGUGAAGGAAGUGCGUGGCAAUGUGCUCUCUGGUACGGUAUGGUAUCGCAUCACGCUGAGAAGAUCACCCCACAAGCUAGAGAGGAAAUGCACAAGUCCUCGAACAAAGCGCACUUCUCUCCGACUUGUUGUUGUGAAGAUCGGGUUGAAAGAAGGCAUUUGGUCAUUGAAGAUUCGCCGCACAAUGCAGCUAUUGGAGCGAGCACCUUGGGGCUGGAUCUUCUGACAUUGUGCAAUCACUGUGCAACUAGCCGGAGACCAUCCUGAAUAAUGCUUGCGAUCCAAUUCUCAUACUGGGUCUUAGUAUCCAGCAUGUUGGGAUCGGAAGCCCAUGGGGAUCGCUUCACUGAUACAACCCUCCACAUA